AUGUCGAAGCACGAUUUUCCGCAAAUAGUGUGGCAAAUAUGGCUCACUACGCCCAAUGGACCCGAUGCAGCUACCGUCAAGGACGAACAUAAACACCUGAUACAGACUUGGACAGAGUUUAAUCCCCACUGGACUCACAUCAUGAUUGAUGAAGAAUACGCCAACGAUCUCAUCGCCGAGCACUUUACUGCGUACCCUCAGAUACGGCGAGUUUUCGAUAGGCUCCAGAUCCCCAUCUUCAAAGCCGAUUUGCUGCGGUUGCUCGUUUUGUACGUUCAUGGAGGUCUUUACAGCGACCUCGACACAGAGUGCAUCCGUCCGGUAGAAUCUUGGGAUCUUGAAGAGCUAUCCAAUUCCACUGAGCUUGUGGUUGGACUCGAAUACGACAACUUCGAUAAGGUAGAACGUCAAGGUUGGUCUGACGACAUCCAGAUUGCAACAUGGACCAUCAUGGCACGAGCAAAGAGCAAAAGGUUACUUGAAACUCUUCUAUUGAUGAUAGAAUUGGUAUCACACACUAUGGACGUCUACGUCAUGGCUGAGCAGUUGUUCGGAGAGAAGGACGAUGAUGUCCUGGAUACAAUAGGACCGCGAGGGUUCACGCGAGCGCUGUUGAAGGUUGUGAGUAAAUCAGAAGGCUACCAGGUAGCGCAUGCUCAGCUCUCGAUGCUUGAUGUGCCUAAGAACUUCGGUGGGGUUCGGUUCCUCCCAGUAACUGCUUUUGCGUGCGAACAGCCGCACUCGAGAAGCGGUCGAUGGAACGACCCUGCAGUGCUUGUUACACACCAUUACCAUCACAGCUGGAAGAAAAACGUCGUACAUGCGUCAUGUCAACAUGGUCGGUGUAAGUCUUAG